UCUACACCAUAUUCUUUAUCACUCCUUCUAUGAAGCAAGGUACCACCGUUGCUGUGAGCCUCUCACGCACCCCGAGGCGAUGACCUAUCAACCGCCUCGCAACAGUCAGUAUCCUCACUACGCGCAGCAGCAACCGCAGCAGAUCCAACAUCCAACGCAGCUACAGUACAAUGCCGACCCCGGUUCGCAUUCAUACUAUGGCAAAGGGCCUGUUUAUCCUCAGAUCAUGGUCCCAAACUAUCCUGCCUAUGCGCAGGCGUAUAAUCAACUGCCGCAGUACAUCAACCCGUUUCCCCAGUCACCACCUGCUCCGCCGUCGUCGCAAUUUGGACAUGUCCCCCAAUACGGCGGGCAAUCUGUGGUCUCGGUAACAGGCAACACCUCGCCGCACUAUACUGCGCCCAAUGCCUACAGACAAUAUUCAUCAGCGCCGCAGACUCCCCUCCCUACUCCUCCAACCCAACCCAAUCCGAGUCGAACCGUCUCUACCGUCCGCAGCCCUGCGAUGCAGCCCCCCCAAGUCCCACAGGUCCUGAUCCCCGCGGUGUCACCAGAAAUCCAGCAAACAAUCCAACAGCAGACCUCUAAGAAUUCGAAACCGAAAUCACAGUCGAAGCCUAUGUCGAAGCAGUUACAACGUCAACCCGGUCAGCCGUCUGUCGUGAAGCAAGAAAGACCUCCGGUGGACUACCAGGCGUUGCUAUUGUCGCUAGCAGACGAGUAUCUUAAUGCAGCCCAUAGCCAUGGAACGAUGGUCGCCCUCUCGAGACAAGAGAUCGAUAUCGAAGAGUAUUAUAAACUUGUUGCAACGGGCCUUGGAUGCCUGGAAGCUGUGUUGAAGAAUUGGAGACUACAACCUCGUGUGGAGGCCCUCGUACGACUUCGAUAUGCACGUGUCUUGUUCGAGGAGACAGAUAAUGACCUUGAAGCAGAAACCGCGCUGAGCAAAGGGAUUGACCUCUGCGAAAGAAAUCGCAUGCUAGAUCUGAAGUACAGCAUGCAAAUGCUUCUCGCACGCAUGCUCCAUAAGACAAAUCCGAAAGCUUCCCUGAAAGCCGUUGAUGGCAUGAUUCAAGAUGUAGAAGCUUAUCGCCAUGUAGCUUGGGAGUAUGCAUUCCGAUUCCUUCGAGUGACACUCUCAUUAUCAUCAUCGUCCCAUCAAGAUUUUGUCUCAGCGUUUCACCAUCUACACAAAAUCACCAAUAUUGCCCAUUGCAACGGAGACAAGGCAGUCUCAGUCGUAUCAGCCGUAGUUGAGGCUCUCGCACAUCUCCAAAAUUCAACAAGUUCCGACUCAAUUGAACAAGCCCAGAGGGCUGUGGCUACUGCACGAAGUCAUCAAUUAGAUGAUGAACUUCGGGAUAUCCCGCAGCUGAACACAUUGGUCCAAAUGGUUGACAUCUGCUGUAGUCUACUCGACCACGAUGUCAAUCAGUCUUCUCAGAAGCUGAAAAUCAUCCAAGAUAUGAUGGACGAAAAAUUAAAUGAUCCAAACUGGCGUAUUGAUGGCUCAUUUUCCAUCCCAUUAAGCGGCAAGUCAAUUGGACCAUCAUCGAUCGAUACAGGUGAUAUCCUGCAAGUUCAGAAUGGCAAACUAUUUAUGAGCUUCAACUGGCUGCCACAGCAUGACCUUUACGCACUUUGCUAUUUCCUCAGUUCCAUUACACUUAGCGCAAAGAACUCUUACGAUGGUCGCAAAGCAGAGCAAUUUCUCCAAGAAGGGCUACGUAUGAUCAGAGGCAGUUUCAAGGAGCCACAAGGCACAGCGGAGUCGAUGUUAAAUGCAAGCAGACGUAUCCAAUGGCGCAAAAUAUUGUGCUGCAAUUUGCUUCUGCAUCAGACAUUCCUUGCAUGCGGCCGCACAAACUGGGACCUGGCCAGCCAGACCUUGAAAGAGCUUCGACAAGCAGCCGAGGAACUUGGUGAUGAUAUUCCGGACGCUGUGCGGAGCAUGAUGGAAUACGCCGCUGGCACCAUUGCUCAAGCGACUGGUAAUCUCGAGGCUGCUCUUCUUGCUUUUCAGUCCCCACUUCUUUCUCUCUCUGCUUCUGACAGCAAGACAACCCGAAACGACCCUCGCCGUGAUGUUUCUAUCCUUGCGGCCCUCAACACGAUUCUUAUCAUUCGUGAUCCGACUAACCCAUUUCAUUCAAAACUUCCCAACGUACUUUCUACCGUCGAAUCUUUCUGCGCGAAUAGUCCCAACAAGUACAUACAGGCGGCCUACUAUCUGGUUUGUGCCUUGGUUCAAACAGAAUCGACCUUACAGACGAAACAAUUUCUUCAGCAAUCUCUCCAAUUUGCUACCGCCAUAAGUAACAGUCAGAUUACGUGCAUGACUUUAACAUUCAUGAGCUGGAAAUAUUUCCGAGGUGUGGUUGGAGAACAGGCUGAAAAAAGCGCGCGAGCUGCCCGCGCUAUGGCUAAGAGAGCAAACGACCGACUAUGGGUAAGCGUUACAGAUGUGAUGCUGGCAGAGACCCUUGAAAGACAAGGAAAGGGAGAAGAGGCGAAACCCGUCCGGGAAGAAGGACAGCGAGUUCUAGCAGGACUUCCACCGGCGUUGAAAAGAUCCGGUUGACCUGUCCCCGACGGUUUGCAACGCUGUCAUGAGUGGGCCUCGCUUGCUGGACAGUUAAUUUCUUGCAAUGACAGCUAUGCUAGAUAUGAUUCACAAGGAGGAUUCUCUAAGAGGCAUACUAGGUGAAGGUCUUACAAACUGAAGACAAAUGCCCAUCUUGCGCUUACCGUCACACCGAACCCCAUAUCCUCCCAGAAAGCGGCAAUUCCGUGUCCUUCAUGUUCCCGUCUAGGUCAAAGUAUCUAGACUUAGCCUGGGACUGAAAACAGGGAACUAAGGAUGCUGACAUAUUGGCCAUUUGCUAGGCAACAUAUAGCCAUCACUACGUUUCACUCUAUUCACAGAUACCCGUUCUCGGCUGUCGAAACUCCUCUCUUCCCUCUUCCCUUCAUCUAUCAUUGGUUCACCCUGUUUCUACACACUUUUAAAUUUGCCCUUUCUUUGCGAUAACCGUAUGGUCUUCGCAUAUUGUAAUGAGCGUAUACUGAUUACAGUGGAUUGGAAUCGGAUAUCAAUGUUGUUUGCUUGUCUUUUCGAUAUUCCACCUUUUUUUAAGUGUUCCGAUGUUUAGUUCAAGCAGGACUUCAGGCCUAGACGGGAAGCUAGAAAAUGAAUAGAAAGACCAGGCACAAGCACGGAUUUGUAGAUAUAGACCCUACACUUCGCUGCAACCCUCUCACAAGGAAGGCGAUGAUAAAUAAAUAAAACAGUACCAUGACGCCCCGUUUGAUAGCACCUAUAUGCUGGGAAAAAAAAGC